AUGGUGUCUAAAUGGUUCAUCUUUGGCUUGAUAAGCCUUCAUCUGAUGGGUUGCGCUGGUGGUAACGAGAUGUGUAAGGCAUCCAUUGGACAUGGAUGGGCGUGUCCUCCUACUUGGUACCAGUGGGGACGCAAAUGCUACAAAGCCAUGAUCACUGAGCCCAUGACAUGGUUUGAGGCAAAAGAGGAGUGCAUCAAGAUGGGAAGUGUCUUGGUCGUGCCACUGUCUCAGGAGGAAACUGAUUUCCUCAUGCUCCUAGUGCCAGAGUCAUCCAGUAUUUGGAUCAAUUGCAAUGAUCUCGAGAAAGAAGGUACUUGGAAGUGUCAGGAUGGUACUGACGAGGUGGAGUUGAGGACUUGGCCGACUAAGGGGCGUCAACCUAGCAACUCUGGAGGAGAUGAGCACUGCGCUGAGAUACGGCCAAAUGGGAUAUGGAACGAUAACCAGUGUACUAGGAAACGUCCUGCGAUAUGCAUUCAUCCUGCACCACAGCUGCACGAAGAAGCAACAGUGUUUGUUGGCUGUCAACAAGAUAUGGACACGCUGCAAUAA